CAUCGAUGAAUAGGUCGGUGAAUUCACCGAAUCGUCUUAGCCAAAUUGAGCCCUAAAACAUCCCAGACAGAGUUCCGAAUGUUGAUUGUUCAAAAGGCGGUAUCGUAUUAUGCAGAAAUAUGAAAAACUGGAGAAGAUCGGCGAAGGUACUUAUGGAACCGUUUUCAAAGCAAAACACAAAGAAACGCACGAGAUAGUAGCGCUGAAACGAGUACGACUCGACGAGGAUGAUGAGGGUAUACCAAGUUCAGCUCUGAGAGAAAUUUGCAUUUUGAAAGAGCUCAAGCACAAAAAUAUUGUUAGGUUACAUGAUGUAAUGCAUAGUGAGAGAAGGUUAACCCUGGUAUUUGAGUACUGUGAUCAGGAUCUGAAAAAGUACUUUGACAGUUGCCAGGGAGAAGUGGAUGCAGCUGUUGUGAAGUCAUUCAUGUAUCAGUUGCUGAGAGGCCUUGCUUUCUGUCACAGUUGCAAUGUUCUUCACAGGGACCUCAAACCUCAGAACCUCCUCAUCAACAAGGAUGGUGAGCUCAAGCUUGCAGACUUUGGUCUCGCUAGAGCUUUUGGUAUUCCAGUCAGAUGCUACUCAGCUGAGGUGGUAACAUUGUGGUACCGACCUCCAGAUGUUCUCAUGGGAGCAAAGCUUUACUCGACAUCCAUAGACAUGUGGUCAGCUGGUUGCAUUUUUGCAGAAAUGGCGAAUGGGGGCAGACCGCUUUUUCCUGGAAACGAUAUUGACGACCAAUUGCGACGAAUUUUUAAAAUUUUAGGUCCACCUUCUGAAGAAACAUGGCCAAACGCUGUCAAACUUCCGGAUUAUAAGGACUUUUCAAGCCUGCAAGCCGGAGGUGCGGUAUCGUUUGCCGUUGUUGUCCCUAAGCUGUCUGCCGCAGGAAGAGAUUUGCUGCAGAAACUCCUGGUCCUCAAUCCAGCACACAGAAUAUCUGCGGAGGACGCCAUGCGACAUGCCUUCUUUGCAGACCUCAGUCCUUCGUUCCGUGCGUGACUUAAUACCGCAGUGCGUGAUUUAAUACAGCAGACGUGACAGAUCGCUCGAAGAACUCAACGGUCAUAUCCUUCUCGUAAAUAUAAACAAACUGACAAGCAAGCGGAAAAGUGUCAUAUUGUAAUCAUAUUUUAACUAAUCUUUAUGAAUAUGUACAUAAAUGUACAAUAAAGUUUUAUUGGUGAA